AUGUGUUGGAAAUGCUUGUCGCUCUGCCCACCCUUUGGCGUGUCAGAUCCAGCUCAGACUUUGGCCAAAAAGCAAGUGGGCCGCCAGUCAGACAGAGAAACCGCAGACGGGGAUGAAUAUCGCAAAGCCUACAACAAUGACAACAUAUCAGUGGAGGGUAACAGGGAGAAGGAAGGGUCAUUGAAGGGGUCCUUCAAAGGGUCCACUGCUGACUCGGGACUGUGUGAGAAUAGUUCUCAAACUGCAGAGACUGAGCAAGAUGUUUCACAUACAACAACGCUUGACGGCCGGCAAGGUGUGCGAGCUGAUGACAUCUCACUUGCAGAGCAAGGAGACGCAAAAGGCAGCGUAGGGUCCUUUGAGUACCGUGAUGACCCAGAAGACACCAGGGUGGAUGAGGAUGGAGAUGAGUCUUACUUGGAUGUACUUACCAACCAGGAAACAGCACCGACUAUAGGCCAGCUGGAGGUCAUCUUUGAUUACAGUGGGGAGAGUAGCCGCAUGAACGUGACCGUCAUGCGGGGCCUGAACCUUCCCAGCAAGGACCAAGGUGGCGCCUCGGCCUGGCGACUGCGCAUCCUCCUCUACCCCAAGAAGCAGCGCACCAAGACGCGCAUCCGGGAGACGGAGGAGCCUGUCUUCAAGGAGCUGUUUCGCUUCACCCGCAUCCGGCCCCACGAGCUGGUCAACACAGCCAUCCGGUUCCGGCUGUAUGCCGCCGAGCGCAUGCGGAAGGAGCGGUUGGUCGGGGAAGGUUUGGUCAAGUUCUCCUCUAUGAACACGUCUGCUCCACAGACCAUCCUGGUCAAGCUGGUGUCUCGAAGUGAAGCUUCACAGGUGACUGGGGGCAACGCGUCUCCCUACUCCAGCUCCUCAGACUUAUCAGCCAGUGGAGACAGCAACACCUCCCUGCAGUCUCUCUCCCACGGCGGCUUGCCUGAGCUGUUGGUGGGACUGACAUACAACGCCACCACUGGUCGGUUGGCUGUGGAACUGAUCAAAGGGAGCCACUUCAAGCAGCAGGCAGCAGGCCGGGCACCAGAUUCAUAUGUCCGCAUCACACUGAUGUCUUCCAGUGGCUUUGAGAUGACCAAAAGCAAGACGUCAGUCCGACGUGGACAACCCAACCCAACCUUCAAAGAAACCUUCAUUUUUCAGGUGGCUCAGUUCCAGCUGGCCGACGUGACGCUCAUGUUCACCGUCUUCAACAAGCGUGGCAUGAAGCGCAAGGAGACGAUUGGCUGGUUCUCCAUGGGGCUCAGCAACACCAGCGACGAGGAGACCAGCCACUGGAAGGAGAUGCGAGAAUCCAAGGGCCACCAGGUGUGCCGAUGGCACAUUCUGUCCAACAAGUAGUCAGAGAGGGACCGUCUUUUGGAUGAAACAGGAACUGUGCUCUGUGAAGUGGGACAAAGUAGCCAUUGUUCUAGGGGUGGAAUUCGAACUGUCCACACACGGGUAUACUUUGCGGGUUACUUUACGAUUUCUCAAGAGGUUCGGGAAUUUUAAAGAAAAUAUCCAAAAGUUUGUUGAGCAAGUCCAUACCCGGGCAUUUCAUACAUCAGUAGACUUCAACAGUUGGGUCAAAAGCCUCCCUCACAGGAAUACAACAUUCAGAGUUGGAUGUUUGUUUUAUUCAAAACCAAAUCACUUUCGCCAAAAAGAAGAGCCGAUGUUUAAGUAGGAACUUUGUUCCUGGUUCAUUGAAAUGAGUCAUAAAUUUGAACUCUUCUCAGGAGGAAGGAGAGGAUGUUCUUUGCAGGGCACGUUUUGACGAGGAAAUACUAUGUAUACAAUUUCUCACCCAAUUUAACUGUAUUGGUUUUAUUUGAAAACUUGGUCAUUCCAGGCUCAAAAAGCAACAAUUUAAUUUCCUUGCAAAUACACAAGGGAAAGAUAACCCAUUCCUGCUUCCAUGUUUAAUGUAAGAAUGAUACUAACUUUGCUUAUGUUCUUAAUAACAAAACCCAUUAUGUAAUAACAAGUUACAAAUUAAAAGUACUUUUUGGGGAUAAAUUCACCAUUUAUUGUUCACUAAAAAUAUAAUUUAUAAGAUGAAAAGUACUGUUUUUCAAUUGCAUACUUGCAUGUAUUUGUGGAUUAUAGAUAUCCUCAUACCUUAAUUCCAGUCCCCCAUAAGGCACUUGGAAAUUCACUUGCUUCGAAACUUCUUUUUUUGACUGACACUACAGUGCUGGGAGCGCAUCCGGCUUGAUGUGAAUAAGUUGACUAUUGUGUUGGAUUAUACAUGAUAUGAAACACAGUACUGGGGCCAGUCACAUUAGCAGUGUGUGUCCUGUGGUUGUAAAUUUAUGCAUAUGUUUCAACCAGUGAACAUUUUAUACUCGUGAAUACAUGUAGGCAUGCAAGCUGUAGUUGGAAUGAAACAGCAGGGCCCUCUAUGUACUUACAAACUUGUUUUUUCCUUUUGCAGUCACAAUGGAUGGAACAAAGUUUUCCUGUCAGUUUUGACAUUAAAAUGGGCAUUGUUUUGUUAUUUCAAAACAGAAAUCGCUGUCUGGUCUCAUUCCAGUUUUAACCUCCAUACUGAUACACAUGCAGGACAGGUUGUGGAGUGUUCAAGGCAUGGCAAAAAUGUCAAACCAUAAGGCAAUCACCGAUGAUGUGACCCUCUUUACUGUUGUGUGUAAAUUGGACUGUAUUUUGUCCGAUACUUGUGAGGAUCCUUCAUGAGUACAAGGCAGAAACCAAGACCCCAAGCUUACAGGGUACUCUAGAAUCUUUGAAUCGGAAGAUUUAACAUUUCAAAGAUUUGUACAGGUAUUUUUGCAUAUGUACAGUGUAAUUCUUUUUCUUUUUCUAGGAAGGUAUAUGGUUACAAAAUAAAUACAAAUGGAGAUCGGUACAGACAAGAUAGAACAGUUUAUUUUAAAACUUUUGUUAGCUUGCAUUUGCCUCUAAAAGUUUGUGCACUUUCUGUUAUCAGAUUUCUACAUCACUAUCAGUAAGCACUCCUUUGCCUUGUAAACAUUGGACACCUCUCCCAUAAUUUUUGUAGCAGUUUUAACCUUAUUUGACUGUCUAACAAAUCUUUCAAUGAGAUGGAUUUAGAAAUACAUUAGAAAAAAGAGGAAGGACUAACACAUUUGAUGUCACAUUUCCCAUUAAUAUUGAAUAUAGCUGAUAAUUGGAAAGCUGUGAAACUGAUCAAAUUUAAGUCAGAAAAUUAUAGACUUGACGCUAAAUUAGGUGUAAUUUUGACAAUGGAUGUAUAUCUUCAGUUUUUGGAUUUUUCUUUUCUAAAAAUAGCAUGUACUUGUAUUCUACUCUUGCUUUUCAAAAUUUACUAAAUUUGACCUAGUUAACUUUAAUUUGUAUUUAGUCCUAAGUCAACUGUAUGGUUCUCGGAUUUCUAAAACUGGCAUAGUUUCAGUACAACUUAUACACUCGUCAAUAAACUUUCAUGCAUUUACUCUGUGCCUUUUCCCCCACGUUGUCCUUAAGAUGUAACCUUUGACCUUUGUGUAAAACCUUUUUCACAGCUGUUUUUAUUGACAUAUUUCAGAACACCUUGAUGUAGGUGUUUGGCUUUCCUGUUCACUGAAGAUAACAAUUGUCUAGUUUUCAAAUUUGACAAAAGUAUAUCUAAAUGUAUUUAUUCAUUCCUCUGUCUGGUUUUUAUUUUCGUAGUUUCAUGUUCAGUUCAGCAAGCUUUACUGAAGUUUUCACAGCAAGGUGUAACAAGCAGACAGCAAAUACAACAACUACAGAUAUUUGUACAUUAAUACAUUUUAUUUCUGGCUAACAACAUUGUACAUGUAUUGUGAAUUUGGGUGUAUAUAUGCACGUCUUUUGUUUCUGAUAUUCUUGAUGCUUACCACUGGUAUGCGGGUUAGCAGACUGUGUAGGAGGGUAUUGAUGGUGUAGAUAUGUCAACAUUAACUUAUUUUUUAGGACACAUCUAUGAAACCUACUGAAUUUACAUGGCCCUGUGUAGGGUGAAAUAAAUUGGACCAUUAACGAGUAA